CCCCCCCAAAAAAAAGAAAGGCAAAACAAAAAGAAAUUACGGUUACGCGAGGUCGCUCAUCGCGAUCGUUGAGCUUCGUUUGGAUGCUUCUUCACAUAUCGGAGAACAAAACUAGCCAACACGUCGCGAAGCAAGCGCAGUCCACGUGUGAGGAUGAGCAAAAUGGAAACGCUGAGAGUUUUGCUGAAUGCGCGACUCGGUGCGGCCGUCGAAGAAGUACUUGGAGUUUUUCAAAGAACGAUCGCAGAGUACGAGGAGGAACUCGCUCGAACUAAAGACGAGAACGAGACGCAGCGUCGACAACUCGCCGCCGUUUGCGUGCCUCGGGUUGGCCUACAAGUUGUCGCAGACAACAGUGACAAAUUUCUUCCCCCGGAGGGGCAGGAUGAGCAGCGCGGGCCAAACCUUGAUUUUUGGCCAAAGUCUACCGGGACAGAAUGCAGUUCGCCGUUGACCUUCCGGGAGAGAAGCAGUCGAGAAAACGGAUGGAUGGAUGAGCAGCACGAGUGGAACUUGAGGUUGGAGCGGCAGCACCUUCGAGAGAAGAAACACUCGGCUGGCGCUAUGGACGAAUGUCCGCUGACUGCUGGCCCUGUGAAGAUCGAAGAAGGCGCGCCGAGGUCGCGGCUUCGUCGCGGUCGCUGGGCGGAACCUUCUAGAAGCAGCAGCAGCAGCAGCAGCAGCAGCAGCUCAAGUCAACACGUGACAACAGAAGCUUACCGAGACCACUGCGGAGGAUUACAAGCAGAGAGUCUCUUGGCGCCACCAUCGUCGGAUGGUGACGGCACAACGCUGGAGUCCAAAGACGGAAAUCAAGAACAUCUGCCGCCAGAACGGCAGGACGACCACUCGGGGGCGUGUCCCGUCUUGAGCUCAACGUCAGCCGGGACGGGCCGUAAUCCACCCGUCACCCUUAUGAGGAUGAGUGAUAUCGAAAAUGGGGGAACGGGGGAGCAGCGGGACUGGAACUCGGGGUUGGGGCGAGAGCAAGAGCAGCACGUUAAAGAGGAAGAGAACGCGGCCGUUAUCGCCGCUCUGAAGACCAACGAUGAUAACGGUCCGAGGUCCCGGCUUCAUCCCAGUCAAAGCGGGGAGAAGAGAUGGGCCGAGCCCCCGAGCGGCGGCAUGAAAAGCGAAGAUGGCGGGGGCCAACGCGGAGGAUCCCGAGCAGGCGGCCUCUUCCCUCCAGUCUCGCUUGACACCGUCGACGGGCGCGCCCAAGGUGAUGCGACGAGCCGCGGCCGCGACGCGCGCUGGAAGUGUUCUCGGUGCGGCGAAACCUUUGGCGCCAAGAAAAAUCUAAGAAGACACGCCGUGCUCCACGCCAGAGAACAGCCUCUGGGUUUCUCUCGUUGCCAAAGACUCCCUCCAAAGGCGAAUUUGAUAACGUGGGCGAGAGCACAACCGCCUUCCUCUUGUAGUCACCAUUCAGCAUCGACGAAUGGCAAGAAAACACACGCUGGUGGUGAGAAACCCUUUCAGUGCUCGGUGUGCAGUCAAACCUUUUCGCAAAAGCAGAAUUUGAAGACCCACAUGAGGAUACACACCGGAGAGAGACCGUUUGCCUGCUCAACGUGCGGUGCAAGAUUCACUCAAAAGAUUAGUUUAACACAUCACUUGAGAACACACACCGGGGAGAAACCGUUUUCCUGCUCGGAGUGCAACAAAGGUUUUGCUCAUCCUUCAGCACAUUUGAGACACAUGAAAUUGCACACGAGAGUGAAACCAUUUGUGUGUCCCAAUUGUGACCAAAGAUUUACCCGAAAAAAUGAUGUGAACGGACACAAGUGUGUUGGCGUCGUCGAUAAUGUAGGGACUCGCUGGCGGAUGCACGAGAUACGCUUAGAUGGAAAAAGAUGACACGCUGUGGCGACCCCUGAACGGGACAAGCCGAAAGGAAAAGAAGUAGUAGUGCAGGUUCAGUUUCUGGUCACUGACGCUUUGAAUGUUUGUCACCGCUAUUGCGAUUAGCGGUUAUGGAAAUAAAAUGGAAGUGUCCCGGUAAGAAAUUCAAGUUUAGGAUUUUCAAUAAUCGGAAUACUUGGAACGAGCCGAGUAGGAAGCACGCCUGCCUCGCAGUUCUGAAUUUCUGGGUUUGAAUCUCAGCUCCAGUCUUUCCAUCAUUGACCUCUUUUAAAUAAGUUUCUCUCCUGACGUUUUAGUUGCAUGUGAAAUUAAAAAAAAAAAAAAAUCCAUGUGAAUCCUUCGUAAUGCACAUAUUUCUGAAAAUGUGCCUGUGACUCACAAUAAAUAAGCAAGGAAGUGCUGCCGCCGUGGGUGAAAAUACUUUUACAUGCUGCGCGUGUUGCACAAACUCAUUUGGUUGGACGGUGGUCACAAUACCAAAAGUCUCACUUUUGGUACUACAAGUCUGUCUGCAUUAACUGGAGGUCUACUAUUAUUAUUAUUAUUAUUCCAAUCAACAUCUUAGAAUGAGGCUUAAAUUACUGAAAGUCUUUAUAUGUAGAAAUACAUUG